CGUGUUAGGUACUAUAUUGGAUCGUGUGUUGUGUCGUUGGCAAACAUCACGGCCAAGGUCUCCAGAAAUAAAUGUUACAUCUUCCAGCAGCGGGAGCACCUGCCAAGUUUUCGCCCGACUCUUGUCAGACUAUCAGUCUGUCCACGAGGAGCGCAGUCACAACUCGCGAUCGAAUAACUAUAACAAGUUGAUUAAAUACAAAAUGGAGGACGAGACCUACCACGUUUAUACGCGAAUGGAGGACAUCACGGAGGCCGACGACAGGCAUCUGGCCGGCGCGAGGAAGGAGAUAAGAAACGACCUGACGGUCAUAAUCCCCGAGAAUCCGUUUCCGGAGAUCGAGGUGGACGCGUAUCCUCCCCUCAAAUUCUCGUGGGUGAUCCCCAAGAAGAUAGCGGCGAUGGCGUUCCCGAGACACGUGGAGAACCUCAAAUUCCUGGUGAACCAGGGCAUCACGCACCUGGUGACGCUGACGGCGGGCAAGAAGCCGCCCGUGGACGAUAUGCCCUGCCUCAAGUGGACCGAAAUCCCCGUCGAGGAGUUCGAGGUGCCCACUAUUGAGCAGAUCGAGAAGUUCAUUGACAUCUGCAAGAAGGCGGACAAAAAUAACGAGGAAGUUACCCGUAAAAUGAGUACCGUCAGCAAAAGACCAAACGUAAAAUUAGCGAAACUUAUAUACAAGUAUGCCGAAGAAGUCGAGGAAAGGAAAGAACUGGAAAAGGCGAGAGCUAUGAAAGACGAGGACUUUAAAACAAAAACGCCAGAUGAGGAAUACGAAUCGUACCCACCGUACAAUUUUUCUUGGUUCGUGCCGAAAAAAAUCGCAGCGAUGGGGUACCCACAAACUGUAGCGAAUCUCAAUUAUUUGGCUGACCAAGGCAUAAAUCACCUGAUUACGCUGUCGCCCGAGAAGAUCCCGCCGAUAUUGGAAUGCAAGAAGAAGAUGAAGUGGACCGAGAUAGCAAUCAAAGAGUUCGGCGCGCCGACCUUAAAACAAAUUAUAAAAUUUAUUGAGAUUUGCGAACGUGCGGAAAUCAGAGGCGAGACCGUGGGCGUGCACUGCCGGCAGGGGCGCGGGCGGACAGGCACCAUGCUGGCCUGCUACCUCGUGUACUUCCGAGACAUGGCGCCCGAGCGGGCCGUACUCACUGUCAGAGUGCAGCGACCAGGCUCAUGUGAAACCUACGAACAAGAAAAGAUGGUUUGCCACUAUCAUGACUGUGUCAGAGGAACAAUCACUAAGCCCGACUAUCGCAUGGUGGACGACAAACUUUACUUUGAUUUUUCCAUGAAAUACAUGUUUUCUGAUGAAGAAAAAAAGAAAGAAACCACCGAGGAUGAAGAAAAAGUUGUGAUACUUGAAGAAGGCGAAGUAGUGGAGAAAAAGGAGCGUAAAAAAUCAAAAGCCAUGGUGAUCAAUCAUAAAAUAUAUUUCUAAAUUUUAAGAUCAUGUUAAUAUUCGUUAUUCUAUGUUUUUAUGGUAAUGUUAGUAAUAAAUUAUAAUAAAACAUU